AAUGCGCGCAUGUUGGUAAAAGAGCUGGCGCCAUACAAUCGAUAUUAGGGUUUGAAAAUAAAUAUGGCCGAUACGGAGUUCGAAGAAUUUAGGCAAAGCUUCGAAAAAUUACCAUCGCACAUAAAAGCGCCCGCACCUUUUUAUUCAUUAGUUCAUGAUGUACUUAUCGACGAAGACUCCCCCACGUCUUCCAAAAGUGAUGUCGAAACAGACUGUGAUACACCUGGAGAUGACGGACUACCAAGCUCGGCCGGUGCUGUUGAAAAUGACCCCUUAUCAGGAAGCACGACAAGAGGUACUACGACCAUUACGUGGGGCGGCGCCGGUGAAAGACGGAGGCGAAAGCUGCCAGAAAUACCUAAAAAUAAAAAAUCUACCGUAGUCAUGUAUCACGCGCAGCCGCAGCACCUAUCAAGGGAGACAUCCUUGGCGGACGAAUUGGGCGGAAUGAGUAGCGGACCAAGUUCUCUCGUAUUAUUAAAAUGUGAAUAUUUAAGAGAUACCGACUCUCCGGACUCGGAUCGGCUGCUAACCGACGGUGAUAGUGGCCACAGCACGGCACAUUCGCCUACCGAUGGGCCUAAGUCAAUCUCGCCCGUUAUGGGCGCAUCGCCGGCGCGUACAAGAGGAGGCGUACCGUAUUCCGAAGUGGAUAUGUUAGAAGCCACCCACAGAGGUUUACACAAGUUCAUACCACGGCAUGAAGAUGAGAUAGAAGUUGAGAUUGGUGAUCCAAUCUACGUUCAGAAGGAAGCCGAUGAUUUGUGGAGUGAAGGUGUCAAUUUGCGUACUGCCCGAAUAGGUAUUUUCCCUUCUGCGUACGCAGUUGAUAGUGACUAUAGCGACUGGGACUCCACCUGCGAACACGGAAGACGUGAACGGUACUUGCUGGGUUAUCUAGGUUCAGUCGAAACCCUAGCUCAUAAGGGUACAUCUGUUGUGUGCCAAGCCGUACGGCGGGUUGUGGGGAAUUCAGCCGAACCAGUGCCACAGCCCUGUAUAUUAGAAGUUUCAGAUCAAGGCCUUCGAAUGGUUGACCGACGAAAACGAAACCAAAACGAACCUUGUAUAGACUAUUUUUACUCGCUCAAAAACGUAUCAUUUUGCGCUUUUCACCCACGAGACCAUCGCUACUUAGGAUUCAUCACAAAGCAUCCAACUCUUCAACGAUUUGCUUGUCACGUAUUUCGUGGUAUUGAUUCUACAAGACCAGUGGCAGAAAGCGUAGGGCGUGCCUUUCAAAGAUUCUACCAGAAGUUUAUAGAGACUGCUUAUCCCAUUGAAGACAUUUACAUUGAAUAAAUUCAAAGCGCAAUAAACCUGUACAUAAGCUGUGUAAUUUCCAAAACAAUAAAUUGAAAGAAAAAUAUUUUUAUGAGAUGAGUUAUGAAUUGGCUUGCUAGAAAACGCAAUUUAUAUAAGAUAAUGUCUGUAUAUAGAAAUCAUAUCAAAUAUGUUUUUAUGUUGUGUGGUCUACACUUUAUAGUGCAUCCUAUUAUGAUGUGUACAACUGCGCAAAAAGUAAGAUCUUAAUGUAUUGAACGCUGCAAUAUAAACACUAAAACUGAA